GCUAUAUUCCAAAUCUUCUGUAUCCCUAAAAAAACCUUUUUUAGAUGAACAGACUAACUUUUGUUUAACAAAUUUCAAUUAUUCACUGAAAAUAUUGCCUUCUACUGCAGCUCAACAUGAAGGUGAGUAAAUGAUGACAAAUUUAUUUUGAAUUACAGUUAAAAUGUGUUAGCUGAGCAUGUUCAAAACAUGUUUUUUCAGGAGCACAAGUCGAAAAUUUUACAAUUAGAGGAGCGUAUUUCCAAAGCCAAGUUAAAUUACUCCAGCACUCUGCGCCACCUGGAGCAAAUCAGUGAGGAGAUUCAUGCCCAGAGGGAGCAGGACCAAACAAAGGAUGAACCAAUCAAAACGUGCGGUGGGCGGAGCCCGCCUGUAGGAGCAGAAACAAGCAACAGCACAGGUACCGAAGGCGGAGCCUGCGGAGGCUACCCGAGAUCAAAUGAUUGGGUGGCUGGAAAAGAGGGCGUGGCUAAUACCAGAGAGUGGGUGGAGACGCAUCAGAACUCCAGGUGGGUGGACAUGGGAAGAGCAGAGGUGACACGAUCUGGUUCAGACUCUCUUUCCUUCGUCAGCCUCCAGACCAUCAUCUCUGAUCUUGAAAAGUGUGACUCAGUUGAACACCUGGGCCGCCUCAGCAGUGACAUCAGUCUCUCGGGGGAAGAAGGGGAGAGAGACGGGAUGGAGAAUGAUAAAAAACUAGUGAGGCAAAUAAACGCAGACAUUUCAGAGUUCCUCAAACAACACAUAAGAAGUGUCAGUUUAUGAGUGCGUCCAUGAAUAAUGCUUUUUCUAAGUUUUCCUUAGGCUGGCUGCACACUAGACUAUUUUAAGGCCGAUUUUAAGCCCGAUUUGCAUCCCCGAACGAUCGGGGGGUGUGGCCCGAUUCGCGGCUUGUCGCAAACGAUUUUUUGUCAAAAAAAUCCUCUAUUGUGUGGUGUCAUUAUGAUUAUUUAUCUGCUCCCGAUCGAGACGGAGUGUCCCCGAACUCAAAUCUCAACAUGUUUGAUAUUUACGACUCUUGAUCUGGCUGCCUCUGACGUGAUACCCGCGAUAG